AUGGUUGGUUAUUCUAUUGGAUGGAUGGUGUGUCUUUACACCGCAUAUGUCGAUGCCAGAAGUCAACUCGACACUUUUGAAGAAGACUUGGACUGGAGCGAUAAUGAAGACACCCUCUUGGUUACCAAGGGCACCAUCGCAGGCCACAAUGUCGUCAUUGCUUUCACUCAGAAUAAAAAAUUUCCUCGAACAGCCAGUAAAAUGACAAGGCACAUCUUUAACGAUGUAAAACUCUUCUUCAUCGGCGGCGUCGACUUUGUAUCGAGCCACCAAUUCGACAAUAGGCCGCCACCUAGUCUAGGCGACUGCGUCUUGACCCCUGGUUCUUGCAGACCGCACCUAUGGCAUGAAAUAAGACAGAAUCUGAAGAAAAAGGCGCGAUUGAACGCAAAACGUCUUCUAACUGCAGCAGGUGAUUUCAGAGCGCAGAAUCCACAAGGAGUACCAAUCACCAUGGACAAUGUCAACUACAACUCAAUCAAUAUCAACGCUUUGUACGAAAUGUAUGAGCUAAGUGCAGAGAGACAGGAUCGCAUGUGUUGCGCAGAGGAGGCCAACUACAUGGUGCCAUGCAUGAUUGCCUCCUGCAUGGGCGGCUUUCACCAGGGUGACGAGAAUUUUAAUGCGUGGGUGCCAUUCGCGAGCAAGGCGUCUGCAACCGUCAUCAGGGGCAUUAUUCAAAAUCUUGAACGACUGACUUAG